AUGUCAAAUCAACAACCAAAAGACGAGGAUACUCGCUCUUCACUUGAAAAGGCUCCCCAUGAGUCUACUCUGCAUGUGGAGGAGCUCAUGCGGGGUGGUCUGACAGAGGAAGAUGCUCAAUUUCUGCACAACGUCCCCCCGAAACAACAAAGCCAGAUCUACCACAAAGUCGACAUCCGUCUUGUACCAAUGUUAGCUCUUCUCUAUUUAAUUUCUCAUCUAGAUCGGGCGAACAUAGGGAACGCAAAAAUUGAGGGACUUGAGAAGAGUCUUGGUAUGACUGGAACGGACUACAACGUUGCUUUGGCGAUCUUCUUUGUGCCAUAUGUGCUUUGCGAAGUUCCCUCAAAUCAGAUCCUUGUUAGAUGUCUUCCAUCAUACUACAUUGGAUCCCUUGUUUGUUGCUGGGGCCUCGUGAUGACAUUCACUGGCUUCGUUCAGGGUUUUGGUGGUCUAGUCGCGACAAGAUUCCUGCUUGGAUUGUUCGAGGCAGGUUUUUUCCCAGGCGCUAUUUUCCUCGUCGGACAAUGGUAUCCUCCGAACAAGACGCAGAGUCGAAUGGCGAUGUUCUACUGCGCAUCAGCUCUUUCAGGGGCAUUCUCUGGACUUCUCGCAUACGCCAUUGCGAAAAUGAACGGGCUAGGGGGCUAUGAAGGCUGGCGUUGGAUCUUUAUCAUCGAAGGAAUCGCCUCCGUUGUGAUAGGAGUUAUGUGCUUCUUCACCUUACCCGAUAGUCCAUCACGAGCCAAAUGGCUUUCCCCAGACGAGGCCCGCUUCCUCAACAUCAUCCACGUGUUGCACCGUGGACGGAAGGAGAAGGAGGCGUUUAUCGAAGGCACCAACAAGAAGAAGCCGUUCAACUGGAACGUAUUGAAGCAGGUUGUCACAGAUUGGCAGCUCUAUCUCCAAGCCAUAGUGUUCAUGUCGAAUGCUGUACCAAACUACGGCUUGAAAUUCACUAUGCCCCAGAUCAUCAAGAACAUGGGUUUCACAUCCUCGAAAGCACAACUUUUGACAGCACCACCAUACACGGUAGGAGCUAUUUCGGCUUUGUGCUCGGCUUUGCUCGCGGAUCGGUUUGUCUGGCGCAUGCCUUUCAUCGUGGGUGCACAGACGCUCCUAAUCGUCGCCUACACGAUUCUCUUCGUGAAGGCUGAGCAUAUUGCCGACAAUGUCCCGCUGUGCUAUUUCGCCGUGUUUGUCGCUUGUGCUGGAGUCUAUCCAAUCCUUCCUGGAUGCAAUGCUUGGACGAUCAAUAACCUUGCUGGACCAGCCAAGAGAGCACAAGGUAUUGCAUGGAUGAUAGCGAUGGGCAACUGUGGCGGCAUUGCAGGAUCUUUCAUCUUCAUUGACAAAGAGAAACCGAAAUACCCGACUGGCUUCGGCAGCUCCCUGGCAUUUGCAGCGGCGGGUAUCGUUUGCGCCCUGACACUUGAAUCCUUGUUCUGGACCAUCAACAAACGCAACGCUAGUUGGUCGGAGGCAGAGAUCCGGGCCAGAUAUACCGAUGCUGAACUCGAGAAGAUGGGUGACCGCUCACCAUUGUUCAAAUAUGCGUUAUGA